AUGAAGUCCCACAUCCAUGAAUUCAAAGGAAAUAAAUCAAGUGUUGUGUCUGUGAUGGAUGAUGAACCAAUUCUUGUUGAUUUCUUGUCAAUGACCCUGCCAUCAUUAUGGUACAAGCCUUCUGUUGAAGCAGUGUCUAGCGAUUCUGUAAUGGCAGCACCAGAACAAUUAUCCUUGGAUAAGGCAGGUGGAGAUUGUUCAUUAACUCUGAGGGUUAACCAUGCUGAUUCACAUGCACCAAAUGCUGUGUCGGAACAUGCCACAAUUCUUAGCACCAAAAGAUGUGAUACCCUUGCAGCGGAUAUGGUGCCCGAAGGUCAAGAUUGUCUGGCACCAAGUGGUGUGCCAGAAACAUCUAGUUCUGCUGUUGCCAUAUGUGGGGCUUCUACAAGUGCAGAACCCAGGUGCAGAGGUCCUCCUGUACAGAUGGUGCCACCUGGAAACUCUGCAACCUCGUGUGCCAAAAACCAAGAUUCCUUUGUAGGAAGAGUGGCACCUAUAGUUCAUGAAGGCCUUUUGAAGACAAUUUCUGGAAGCUCUUCAUCUCCUGGCUGGGAAGUAUGCAAAUCUGCCACACCAACCACAGGACGUCCUGGUUAUGCUUCUCUAGCACAAGCUAAUACCUCCCAAACCCAUGGAGUUUCUGCUCCAGGUGUCACUCCUAAGGGCUAUGAAUCUGCUGUACCAAGCUUGUCACUUGGAAAUUCCAAAAGUACAGGCGUGAAACAACUCAAUUCUGCACCAAGAAUGACACCUGAAGGCCAGAAAUUCCUUUCACUGGGUAUUGCAUCACCUAGCCCAGCACCUCGUGAUUUAGUAAAAUGCCAGGCCAGUUCGACAGUGGUUGCCAUACCUCCAGUUCAUGCGCCAGGUUGUCAUUUCUGUGAAGGCCAUGGAAAAUCACCAUCCAUGAAGAUCGAGGGCCAUGAUUCUGUGGCACCGAGUGUCAAGCCAAAAGGCAAUGGUGGUCUAGUGCCAAAGUUGCAUGAACCUGUAAUAGCUGAUACGAGCACCAAGAGCUGUGAUUCUCUAGCACUGAGUAUCACACCAAAUGGCCAUGAUGGUCCAGCAUCAAGUAAAACUCCAAAGCGCCAUGAAUCUGCGAUAGUUGAUACGAUGUCAGAAAGCAGUCGCUCUCAAGGCGAGGGUGUCUCCACAAAGGCCUAUGAUGCUCCUAAACCAAGAACUGAGGAGCCGAAGAGAGAACAGGCUGCGGUAGCUGCCUCGCAGGGUAAAUCAUCUGUUCCAGGACUCGAUGCUAGCAGCCAUGUUACUGGGGCAGCGAGCGCCCUUGUCGCCCUAUCAACUCUGCGAGAGAAGGGCGUGCGUUAG